CGGAAGUCGACUGCAGGACGGGCCGGGCCGGGCCGAGCGGGUCCGAUCCACCCUCACCCUCAAGGCGCCCAUUUAGGUAUUCGGAGCCGACGGUCGAUUCGCCUCCGGUCUGUGAUCCUGAUCCGCCGCCACCGCCAAGGCAUCUGCCAUCCAUAAAUUCAAGACAAGAUUAUUGAUCAGGAGGUGGGGGCGGCGCCAUGUCCAGUUCCAGUAAGCGGCGAGGCGUCGUAGGCCAGGACGACGAGCCGAGGCCAAGCCGCCGUCGACACGCCGCCGGCCGCCGUAAGCUCCUGUACCUGGUGCUGGAUGACUGGAAGAAUGGCUUCAGUAUCUACAAGAUUGAUCCCGACGCUUUGGUGGAUGAGGGGCAGGGGCAGGGGCACCUCCCCGAGCCCCCAGUGGUGCGGCUAGAGUCACCGAUGGGCUCCGUACACCAUGACCGUGUGUUCUUCUCCGCGCUAGGCACCAAGAUGUUGGUUUUCAUGAACCACCGCUGCGCCGUCGUGUACGACACCGAGACGGCGGCGGUGUCCGUGGGCCCCCACGCCCCUGCUCGGAUGCUGUGCGGCUCCGGCGUCACCGUGCCUGCCGGCGGCAUGGUCUAUGCAUUGUCGCAUCGCUACUUCGACAAGGAGGAUCCGCACGCGUUCCAUCUGAUGAUGCAGCAGCAGGGCAAGGGCGGCGGCUGGUCCUGGAAGACCCUGCCGGAACCACCACCGGCGUUGACCAUCCGUCAGAUUGUCAUCUCCCACGCGCGCGCUGCACCCUGACGGAUGCACCAUCUUCAUGACCACG